AUGGGAUACAUUGUUGACUCCGAAUCUGAGGAUACCGUCUCACAGACAAAUGACGCUCAGAACUCAAAGCAGACUGCUGAUAUCGUCUCUGCGCUUACAACGAAAUAUCCUAAUUCGGCCUCCCAAGAAAUCCUCAAGCUUCACCGUGAUGGCCAUAAUCUUCGAGACCCAAGCGCAUUGCUAGAAUCAUCAGACUUCCGUAAUGCGAUCAAGAAACGCCUUAAUAGCAUCGACCACAAAGCUAUCUCCAAGGCAUAUUUCGACGAGAAACGUAACGACGCAGAUUGUAUCUUACCUUUGCUUGGCGGCUAUAAUUUCGAUGUAAAUAAAGUAUUAUUCGUGAACGCGGGAGUAAGGCUCUCCGAAUCGAAGCCGAGAAGUGUAAUCUGCUUUGAAACCCCCGAUUCCGAAUUCGUCAGCUAUCAGAGGUCAAUCUUGGCAUGGGCAGAGCAGCUCAGAUCACCUUUCGCCUCGGGCACUAACGUAGAAUAUCACAAGAAUUAUCGAGGCAAGUCAUUUAUAGACACACGAAGCGCAGCAGAUGUGGUCGACAGAGCAUUACAAUUGAGUAUAGUAGGUCUCUGUAAGUGGUUGACUGGGACUGAGGAGGGUCAAAUGAAGUCUUGGACGCUCGGUGAAAUCAGGCCCUUCGUCGAUGAUGAGGCGGUGAUUGCAGGAGCCCAAUCGCACAUGAAUGCAUGGUGCGAUCACCCGGUUAAACGGACCACUUUGUCCAAGACAUCUGAUACCAAGACAUCUGAUACCAAGACAUCUGACACCAAGACAUCUGACACCAAGACAUCUGUUACCAAAACAUCUGUUACCAAAACAUCCAAGCCCAAGAGACUUGAUCCGUUGUCUUGCGGGCCUGAAGACGUGUAUGUUGCGUGGUAUGGUUUAGAUCGCGACGAUUCAGGUUUGAGAACGAAGCUGCAGGAUACAUUGGACGGACUCUCUGAACCGAGGGAAGCUCCUAUUCCUCCAGGAACGGGAUUCUGGGGCGAGGAAUUGAACUGGAACGGAACGGGAUAUGAUGAGAUAGUAAAAGAGAGUAAUGCGGACAAGGAGUAA